AUGUAUGCUGUCAAGGUGAUUAACAAGAGCGGUAUGAGCACCAUGUUCAAUGUCCUUCAGGGCUUGCAGUGCGCUGUCAACCACGCCAAGUCCAAGGGUAUUACCAAGAAGAGCAUCCUCAAUGCAUCCCUCGGCGGUCCCUAUACCAAAAUUGGCAAUGGUGCUGUCAAAGCUGCCACUGAUCUCGGGAUCACUAUCGUGGUGGCAGCCGGCAACGAGGCGGAAGAUGCUGCCUAUUACUCACCAACUUCUGCCCCAUCAUCUAUUACUGUCGGCGCUAUCGAUUCCUCUAAUUAUCGUACUUUAUGGUCAGAUUAUGGCAAGGUGGUUGAUAUUUUUGCGCUUGGUAGUGACAUCCUCAGCGCGGGGCAUCUGAGCGACUCUGGCAGUGUUUACAGGUCAGGCACAAGCAUGGCUGCGCCGCAUGUUGCUGGCCUUGCGGCGUAUUUCAUGGCAAAGGAGGGAGUUCGGGGCUCUGCUGCUAUUACCAAACGCAUCAUCAGCGCUGCUGACACCACCUUUGUUGGAGAAGCUUUUGAUGGUUCUCAACAUGGUGCUUAUAAUGGUGGCGGUAAGUAG